AUGAGAGUUGCGCAACGUGAACGUACGCAGGCAGACGCAGACGCGCAGCCAGAGCUAUGCAAAGACAAAGAAACUCAAAUAUUUAGUCAGCCUCUUAUUUUUCUUUCCCCCUCUUAUUUGUUAGGCAUCCACAAUCUGAUUGCAAAGAGGAAAGAGAAAAGGGAAAGAGGAAAGAGACUCAUUCACGCGCUAUCCCUCACGGCCUUUUGCUAGUACAAACACAUGUCAUACGUCCGUAUUCGGGUGACCAAACUCUAAGAUCUAUUGCGGGUCAGGAACGGCCGGAAUAUGACGAGACUGAAUACCAAGACGCUGAAGGGAACGAGGGGCCGCAGGAUGAUGAAAGACGCUGGAUGUUUUUCUACGGUGGAAGGCUGAGAUUAAGGCCUAGCCUAAUCCAUCUCUAUCGGAAUCCCUCAACAGUAUGCCCCCCAAUGCAAGGGAUGCGUUGCCCCAUAUUCUUGAGGGAUUUCCACAGGGAUGAAGUGGGGAGAGAUCUAAUGAGACACGACCCGCGGCAACCUCUUGUGGUACAGUUAAGGGUGGCCCUUGUGGAUGUUCUUGUGGUCCGUAUCAGUGGUUGGAAAUCAUUUGGUCCCUGUUGGCAGUCUGCACUGAACUUUGUGCGAUAUUAAUCGUAUUGUAUUGUAUUGUUCAGUAAUUUAGAUCAAGCAUGAUAGGUACAAGCGUUCUAUUGCUUUUGCUAUCCUCAUCAUAAGAACCAUCCGUCAAGUAGAUUUCAACAAGGAAUUUCUCGUCUAAGGAGCUUGCCGCAGACGCUCCGCCGACCCGCCUCGAAGAGACCGCCACGUACUAUUAAGGGUUACCAAAUUACAACUACAUGUACCUACAUGUACCUACUACCUGCUUACCAAGUUACCCAGAAGCGUUACCAAAGCACACAUUUCCCGGCCUACUAAUUGUAGUUUUUCUAGUAUAAGAAGGGAAAUGUUAACGUCAAGUAGGACCUUUAUUAUUUUUGUAAGAAGCUAAUGGUCUUGAGAUUGUAAGAAGCUAAAUGUCAAGUGCGAUGUUCUGAAGAAUGUUUAUGCUGUGCUGUAUACCCCAUGAAUUAAUGGGUGUACUACUACUACUGCUAGUGUCUCUACUCAGCCUCUAAUAAUAGGAGAGGAGCCACUAUCGCAGAAGACGACUCUUCCGAAACUACUCCAGUGCCUCGAUCUAGGAGACGGGCUGCUGCUAAGAGAAAGCAACCAAAGGAGCGUUCUUCGAGUUCUAUUACGGCUGUAAGGAUUUAGAGCUUAUUGUUUUUUGUAUCUUUGCCUAGUUAGGGGUCCGGGUCCACCACAGAGAGAUCUUAUAUAUGUUCCAGGGGCCAAGGGGCCUUCCCCCGCGAUCUAACUCUUUCAGGGGGGGGUAUAUUAAUAUAAGGUGAGACCUCUGGGGCUGGCAGGACCACGACAGCGCCGGCGCCUAUUUAGUAGUAGAUAAGUACUUGCCUGCCCUUUCUUUUUUCGGUUUUUGUUUUUUCUAGUUAGGUAUGCUCCACCAACAAUAUAGGAGAGAUCUUACACCUUUAAGAGCGACUUCGUUUUCCUAGGUAGACGUACCGUGAGCGUACCUAGGAGUAGAUCUAAUUCCACCAUCGCAUCCGCAAACAGCACAAAGAAGAAGAGGAAAGGUCCGGAUGGAGAGGAAUUUUGACAAGAGAAAACUAGAAAAGCUGUCGUAUUUUUGGUUCUUGUCGGCGUAUCACAAUAUUAAGUAUUUUUGUAGAGCAAAUAGUAUGUUUGUAAGAAUAGGUCUAGGUGGUCGUGGAUGAGUAAAAGCUUCGAUUGUGGUCACGAGUAGAGUUUAUCUAGAGCAAUUACAAUUACAAUUUCGCAUUACAAUUUCCCAGUAAUUUUUUUCAUCCUUUUGAUUCAAAUCAUUUAAAUGUCAACGCACAUCUUGAAAAUCAGCAAAGUUUGAGAUUAGUUAUAAAUUUGAGAUUCAUUAGUUGUAACAUUCCUGAAUUCACAGUGACAUCAAAAAUCAGUAACAUCGUCGAGAAUCAGUAACCUUAAAGAUUAGCAAAAGCGAAAGUCAGUCGUUUCGAAAAAUAGUGUCAGCAUCGAUUACAAGUGGCAAGCGGAAUAUCAAGAAGAGUAACGAAAUUAAGAACGCGGCCUGCAAGAACUUGUAUAGAUUAGAAGACAUCCACCUGCUGAAACAAAAUGAAGUUGUGGGUGUUAAAUCGCCUCAAAAGCUAAAGCUUUCUUGUUACAACUACCUCUCCAUAGAUCUAAUCUACAUGCCAACGAGCUAUCCUCUUCAGCUUUCUGACAAAUCGUUUCUCUGACAAGACCCAAGAUCGCGAUAAAGAGGGCCUAGUAUCAAUCCAUCCAGUAACUAGGAUUGUAUAUCGUCGCACAGGCACAGAAGAGGAGCUGUAUUUUUUUAGUAGUAACAAGUUCUGAAAGCGAGGAGGUACCAGAAACUGAAUUAAGUAGUAAGUUCUGGCAGCCAAGAGUCGAGUCACCUUGCAGAGUACUACCAGACGAUUAGUAAAAAAACGCAAACAAGGGUCUUCCAAAUCUGAAAUCUCUGAGACGGAAUUUCUAUAGAAGCACCAAGAACUCGUACUCAUGAUCGCAAAACGAACACGAUAACGACAAGAAAGAGUCGAGUUUGCAAAAAGGG